AUGGUCAUGACUGAGACGAAUAAGGCUCUUGACAUGCUCUGGCCGUUCAUAGGGAUCCAGCUUUCGACUGCUCCUGUAGGCCCUAUGGGUUGUCUCAUUAUUGAGCGAGCCAAAGGCUACCCCCUCAUUGUUGGGUCAAAGAGGCCCUCCCUCCCCAUGGCCGCUGCCACAACCAUGUCUCUGCAGACCAUCAUCUUCAACGAGCCUAGCCCCUCUUCAGGGUUCCUUCUCGUAACGCAAAUUUUGCGCAUCUAUGGUUUGAUGCCGCCUGAGCCUGACGGGCAGUGGCGCUGGGGGAUGUCUGGAAGCAUCUCUAUGGUGCCGCUCCAAACAAACUCUUACGACAGCGGCAUGUUUGUUGUUACAAACGCCCUUUCGUUGUCACUCGGCUUAGACCCGAGUGACUAUACGGAACUCGAAAUGAGCCACCAAAGAAGCACCUUUGCGAUCCGAUCAGAGUUGGCAUAUGGUGGAGGGGAAGUUGUGCGGUCCAUCCCACGCUGGGUGGGCUGCUUCACCAGAUCACUUCUCGACAUCCUCGGACGCCAGGAGGUGAUCCGACAUGGCAUCUCUGUGCCAGAUCUCCACAGAGAGCUAAUCCAGAAGCUGCCGAUGUCCUUUCGGACAUCUUCCAACAGGAAGCCCGGAAGGAACUUGAACAGCCCGCACAGCCAAAACAUCACCACUCGAUGCGAGUUGAAGGAAAUAGGCGGCCUAGAGCACCUGCGCAACAUUCACACUCGAUACUUCACCGCUGAAACUCUUCAGCCCGGCGACCACCUUGGACUGGAGCCUGGCGACGACAAGUUUCAGUUGGCAACGGUCGUUGUCCGCCGCAGAGAUGGCGUCUUCAUCCACCCUUACCACGUGCAGUGGAUGAUUGAGUUUCUGGACAAGAUAAAUCAGUUCACUGAUGGAAAAUGGUACACCGUAGAGUGGUUGAGUAGUAUGACACAGUUGGAAGGGCUUUUCAAGUUCAUUUGUUCGCAUUCUUCUUUCAUAGACGUAGACCACCUUUAA